GGAGAGAGGAGCUGCUACGCCACAGCCCAGCGGCGGCCAUUCGCGGAAAAAGAGGCAGAGCCUGUGCCAGCUACGGCCUCCUCCGAGCCACCGCGGGCGGGCGGGACCGGCCUCUCCUCCCGCCUCGCCCCCACCCCCACCCACCUCUAUCCCAGUGUCUCCGAGAGGGUUUGUCCUGUUAAUGCGGGAUGAGCGAUCAGAAGAAGGAGGAGGAGGAGGAGGCGGCAGCGGCGAUGGCUACAGAAGGAGGGAAAACCUCUGAGCCAGAGAAUAACAAUAAAAAAACCAAAACCUCAGGCUCCCAGGACUCUCAGCCCUCUCCUCUGGCUUUACUGGCAGCUACUUGCAGCAAAAUAGGGACUCCUGGUGAAAAUCAAGCAACUGGACAACAGCAGAUUAUUAUAGACCCAAGCCAAGGGUUGGUGCAGCUUCAGAAUCAACCACAGCAGCUAGAACUGGUGACAACGCAGCUCGCUGGGAACGCUUGGCAACUUGUCGCCUCCACUCCUCCUGCUUCAAAAGAAAACAGCGUUUCUCAGCCGGCGUCUAGCUCCUCCAGCUCCUCCAGCAGUAAUAACGGGAGUUCCUCUCCUACAAAAACCAAAUCAGGUCACCCUGCCACUCCUAGUCAGUUUCAAGUCAUACAAGUACAGAAUCCGAGUGGCAGCGUGCAGUACCAGGUAAUCCCCCAGCUGCAGGCGGCGGAAGGUCAGCAGGUUCAAAUCAACCCAGCCAGUACUUCAUCUCUACAGGAUUUGCAGGGUCAGAUUCAGCUCAUUUCUGCAGGUAAUAAUCAAGCUAUCCUCACGGCUGCAAACAGGACAGCUUCGGGGAAUAUUCUUGCUCAAAACCUGGCAAAUCAGACAGUUCCAGUGCAAAUUAGACCCGGGGUCUCAAUACCAUUGCAGUUGCAAACCCUUCCUGGGACCCAGGCUCAAGUUGUAACAACCCUCCCAAUUAACAUUGGAGGAGUGACUUUAGCUUUGCCAGUGAUUAACAACGUGACUGCGGGAGGAGGGGUUGGACAAGUUGGCCAGCCUACUACUACUGACAGCGGGACUUCCAAUGGCAAUCAGCUAGCGUCUCCGCCCACCACCAGCGCUGCUUCCGCCAGUGCCAUGCCCGAAUCACCCUCUUCCUCCACUGCCUGCACAACCACCACAUCCGCAUCCCUGCCAAGCAGUGACACGUUAGUGAGCUCGGCAGACACAGGCCAGUACGCGAGCACGUCAGCCAGCAGUUCUGAGCGCACCGUUGAAGAGCCACAAACGCCUGCUGCUCCUGAGUCUGAAGCCCAGAGCUCCGGUCAGCUUCAGUCCAAUGGCAUACAGAAUGCACAGGACCAGUCCAGUUCUCUUCAGCAGGUGCAGAUCGUGGGCCAGCCCAUCCUGCAGCAGAUCCAGAUCCAGCAGCCUCAGCAGCAGAUCAUUCAAGCUCUCCCACCACAGUCACUUCAGCUGCAGUCAGGGCAGACCAUUCAGACCAUCCAGCAGCAGCCGUUGCAGAAUGUUCAGCUCCAGGCGGUCAACCCGACUCAGGUGCUUAUCAGGGCUCCAACCUUAACACCUUCAGGGCAAAUCAGCUGGCAAACCGUCCAGGUCCAGAAUAUUCAGAGUCUUUCAAAUUUGCAAGUUCAGAAUGCUGGGCUAUCCCAGCAGUUAACCAUCACCCCAGUGUCUUCAAGUGGUGGCACGACUCUUGCUCAGAUCGCUCCUGUGGCCGUGGCCGGGGCCCCGAUAACUUUGAAUACUGCCCAGCUUGCAUCAGUGCCUAACCUCCAGACAGUGAGCGUUGCCAACCUGGGUGCUGCAGGCGUUCAAGUUCAGGGAGUUCCAGUCACGAUCACUAGCGUUGCAGGUCAGCAGCAAGGACAGGAUGGAGUGAAAGUGCAGCAGGCCACCAUCGCUCCUGUGACAGUGGCGGUCGGAGGGCUCGCCAGCGCCACCAUAGGUGCUGUUAGCCCCGAGCAGCUCACGCAGGUGCACCUGCAGCAGGGCCAGCAGACCCCUGACGCAGACGUGCAGCCCGGCAAGAGGCUGCGCAGAGUCGCCUGCUCCUGUCCUAACUGCAGGGAAGGAGAAGGAAGGGGCAGCAGUGAGCCAGGAAAGAAGAAGCAGCACGUGUGCCACAUCGAAGGCUGUGGGAAAGUGUACGGCAAGACCUCCCACCUCCGAGCGCAUCUUCGCUGGCACACCGGAGAACGGCCUUUCAUAUGCAACUGGAUGUUCUGCGGCAAGAGAUUCACCCGGAGCGAUGAGCUUCAGAGACACAGAAGGACCCACACUGGUGAAAAGAGAUUUGAGUGCCCAGAAUGCUCUAAGAGGUUCAUGCGGAGCGAUCACCUUUCCAAGCACGUCAAAACUCACCAGAAUAAGAAGGGAGGUGGGACGGCCCUUGCCAUAGUUACCUCGGGAGAGCUGGACUCCUCCGUCACAGACGUGCUCGGCUCCCCACGGAUUGUCACAGUUGCAGCCAUUUCUCAAGAUUCGAAUCCAGCAACUCCCAAUGUUUCCACCAACAUGGAAGAAUUCUGAAACGCUGUUUAUAACAAAGACCUCUAGUGCUGCGCUUACGUUUACACACCUUUGGAAAUCUGGAAAUGGGCUGGUCAAGUGGAUUACAGAGUAGGAAGUCACAUUGCAUCCUUGGCAUCUUUAAGUAUUCCAGGGAGUUUGGUUCAACACAUAAAGUGUUGAAUUUUUGAAAAAUAGAGAAAGAAAACCAAUAUACUGGAAACAGAAAAGUAUUUCUUCCAUGGUAUAAGUUGCUGUAGUGUUUUGGAAAUCCAUCACAAAACCUUCCACCCUUUAACCCUCCUCUAACAUCCCUGUUGACAUGUCUGUAGAGACACCACACAAGUUUGCAGGCUGGGCCUUAAUUGGACUUACUCUGUUGAAAAGUACUUUGUUAAAAAUUUGGUCAGUAAUAACUCACAUGCACUUCUUUUAUUCUCUAGCACAGAGAAGAGGUUGUCAUCUGGCGGCAGGGAGAAUACUGUGUUUCUUUAGCUUGGUUUUAGAAAUCUGUUCACAAUAGCUUUGGCCGUCUUUUCUAAAUAUCAAAAAUUCUUCAAAAGUUGAAUUAGGUUAUGUUCCAAAAUAGUAAUCUGAGUUGUGUCUCAGAUCUUUAUUACACUACAUUGUAGUAGUGUGUAUGUGGACAAUCAGCGAAGCCAAUUAUUCUCUCCAUUUUGGAGACACAGAGGACCUUAGAGCUAAAUCUUAGGUUAAGUUUUAGGUUGAAACCUUAGGAAAAUGCUGGGGGAAAUUUUGUUAGAACAGAAUUCAUCAUAGCUUCAGAAAGGCAAAACAAAGCAGUUCAAUAAUGUUUUAAAGUUAGGGUUGGCUGUGUGCCUAACCCUGCAUUCAAUAGCGAAAUUUCAUUUUAAAUGUUCAUAUUGGAAAUGCUUGCAUAGAUUCCAAAUCUAUGUAAUUUCUGUAAAUAAGACUUAGGUUGACAGUGUGCAGGAUUCUUUCUGCUUUGACUUGAUAGCCAAAGAAAGAGUUAUCAUACUUUUCAAGGCCAGCAGAAAAUUACUUUUAGCUACAUUAUAACCUUUGUUUUCUUUACUAAAGAUUGGCAAAUCCCAUUUCGUUUCUAGUACUGUGUUAGGUUAAUUAGGAGCUUUUAUCACAGUGAUAAUCUUUAUGUUGUAUCAAUAACAGAAUUUUCCCUAAAGGUCUAGACAGGUUAACAAAUGUAUAAUAGAUAUGAUAUUAUGAAGCAAAAAUUAUUUUUGGAAAACCAGAAUACUUUUCAGUCAAAUACUGACUGAAAAUAUAUUUCAUUGUUUGUGCAAGGGUCUUAAGGGACAGUGUCUUAUUAGGAAAGAUGGCCAAACGCUUCAUAUGAAAAACAAUUGGAUUAUUCUAAUAGAUUAAACAUUAGUAAGACACUUUGUGUUUUUAGAACGAUUUACACAGAAUCAUAACUAUUGAAACUGACAAUAGGAAAAAAGUUUUUACCCAUUUUCUUUGUUACCAUCGUUGGUUUGAAUAUAGGUAUACGUUUUCUUGUGCAUUCUUUAUUAUUUCAGGAAAAGUACUACUCAUAAGAAUUCUCUUCCAAAAUCGUGAUGUUCCUCGUGUUUCUGCUGAAGGAGAAAUACUGUAAUGAUCAUUGUUUACACUGUGUACUCGAGGCCAGCCCUUUGUAGCGUUAUAUAAAACUGGAGGCCUUUUGUGCUUUCGGUUUGUAUAAAAAAAGCUUUGAGAUUAAAGGAAAAAAAUUUUUACACUGUGGUUAUAAAUUUCAAGUUUCUUAAAGCUUUUGUAGACUUGUAACAAAGUCUUUAAAUUUUAGUUGGAUUUUGUAAAUUGUUUUGUAUAUUUUAUUUAAUGUGCUCUUAACAGCUGAUGGAUCUGGCUUUAAAACAUCAGAAUCAAUUUGUUGUUUUGUCUGGUACAGAGGAGCAUUUGGUAGUGUUAAUUUUAAUUUUAUUAUAUAGGAACUGAAACAUUAAAAAUAUAUUUUAUCUAUCAUGCUACACAAUCAGUGCUAUAAAUUUUUUUAUGCAAAGAGAUUUUCUUAAUGUUUUAAUCAUGUUUUCUCCGAGCGAUACUUUUGUUGUUUGCACCAAGUCUGAGCACUCAGCAUCACUCUUCCAGGAGCCAGUUUCUGGCAACCCACGUUUGCUCAUCAGAAAUGCAGGCUGUCCUCAGCAGCAGCCAGGCCUGUCACAGAUGUUUCAGACUGAAUCCGGAUAACCUUAGAGCGUACAGAGCGAUCUGUCAGCAGGCACCUUCUCAGCACCGCAACUAGAAAUACUUCGACAGUCUGUUCUGCUCACCAUCCUAGUCCACCUCUGUCUUACAGCAGUCGUCAGUGUCCUGUAUUUGACUCAGUGGCUGUCGCUGUGGUAGGGCACGGACACGCAGUCCAGUCUUGAUGGCGUCUCACUGCUCAUUCUCUUAGCACCGUUACGAAGCUUUUCUUUGUAAAGUUAUCAGUGCAAAGCUCUGUAUUUGCCAUGGUAGAACUCCAGUGUUAGGGUAGCUUUCUCUUACAGUAUGCUCUCUUUGGUUAGGGUUGUGUAUGUGCUGCUGAUUACAUUAGAAUUGAUGUUAAGUCAUUAUUUAUCACACUCACGAGAGCAGUAAUAAAGUGUGUAGCCUAGGAGAAAAGGUUAAUUUGUCAAACUUAGAUAAGCAUGAUGUUUAGGUCCUAUUUUUCAAUUUUAUAACUGUUUUAUUGCAACAAUAUUUGUAUUUAAGUCUCCAUUUUAAUGCCUGGUGGUGUUUUUAUGCAUGUCACUAAGUUGUCACCCUCCUAAAUUGAUGUGCAGCAUAGGGUAUUUCAUCUACAUAAUGAUUUUAAACAGAAACAGUUGAUGGUAAAAUGUAAAUGUUUUGCAAAAAUUCCUUAUAAAAAGUUUCGUAGUAACAUUUCACUUGUAAAUUUUUUGUAAAAAAGAAAAUGGAAAAAAAAAAAGAUGAAUCUAGGAAAAAAACUGUUUUCCCAUAUUCUAGAAUUUAGACAAUUCCUCUGCCAGCAAAGCCCCUGGGGCUUUAAUUGACAUUUUUACAGUGCUGAUUUGUAUAAAUUUGUUUUCUGUGGAUUUGGAAAUAAAAUCAUGUACAAGUUGUUGCCUGCA